AGUGCGCUCUUACUCGUGUAUUUACGGCAGAGCUCUCCACCACACGGAAGAAAGCUCUAAGCUAGCUGCCACAAACACGCAGGGAUGUAAAGCUUGUCUAUCACGUCGUCUUAUGUUUUGUUUUCAGUAAUUUAUCGAUACAUUGUGGAAAAACGGAGGAACUUACACCUUUUUUACCUGCUUCCAACAUUAAAUCCGUGAACAUGGCUUCGUGCGCUCCCUUCCAGACACAGUUAUCCUCAAUAAUGGAGGUCCUGGUGAAGGCAGCAGUGGCACAAAUCUCCAAGCUGGUGGAUGACAAAUGUGCCUUCUUGCAUCUGGAAAUAUCCCGCAAACAAAGCGAGAAUGAGAUGCUGAAGAGGAAGCUGCUGCUGAUGGAGAGCAAGAAUGCGCAGCUGCAGCGGGGAUUCGAAAACUACAUGGAUCGAGGAACUGAUUUAGGAAGAAACGUUUCACAUCCCGCUAGAGACUUAAAGUUUCCUGAGAUUGAAGGGUCCAGUGUUUCCUUCACAAUUAAGGAAGAAAGUCCAGAUGAGGCGUUGUGGAUCAGUGAUUCUGCUGCAGCCAUUGGCAAUGCUGUCCCGUAUCCUGCUCAGGAGAGCCAGCAGGUCAUCCAUCCAGAUGUUACCAGACUCAAGCCUGCAGAGUUCAGCGGCCCGUUCAGCUCCGGCCAGCCGCCAGUCCACAUCGGCAGCCUCCAGUUCACAGUGAAGACAGAGAAGAAGGAGGACCAGAUGUCCUUCAGACAGGACGGAUGCCAGCACCGUGUGGGGAAGCAGACUCCCACCGCUGUCGACUAUCCCAUGGACGAGCGGGAAAGUCAGCUUUGGUCAUCGAUCAUCGAAGGGAAUGAAAUCGACGCCGAGUUUCCUGAUUUCUCCAGCGUGGUGGAGGAAUAUUCCAGCUCUUUCUCUGAGCAUUCGGAUGCCACGAACAUGGCGUCCAACACCAGUAAGUCGCCCGGCGUCCAGGAGCAGUGCAACGGGGUGUACGGCGGCGAGUAUCAGAAAGACGCGCAGCUGUCGCAUUUCCAGCCCGGAGUGCAGGACAAGCAGAAGGAGCAGGUGUUCCUGCAGAGGAGCAGCUCCCACGCCGCCCAGCUGGGCCCGCCACAAGAGGAACAGCAGAGGGAGGCGGGUGCCGAGGACGGAGUGAACGCCACCCAGCCGGCUAACGCCUUCACCACCAGCUGCUUCUACACUCACACCUCCCAGAAACCCGCCGCCCCUGUUUCCCGCGGCUACGCCUGCUCCCAGUGCGGUAAGUCCUUCAGCCGCCUGCACCAGUUCAAGCUGCACCUUCAGAGCCACAGGAGGAAGCGCACGUUCUGGUGCAGCGUGUGCGGAAAGAGCUUCCAGUGCUCGUCCCACCUCAGCAUCCACCACCGGACGCACACGGGGGAGAAGCCGUACGGCUGCGGACAGUGCGGGAAGCGGUUCACGCAGCAGAGCAGCCUGCGGGUGCACCAGCGCACACACAGCGGCGAGCGACCCUACAGCUGCUCGCAGUGCGGGAAGUCUUUCAUUAUGAUGCACCACCUGAAGCGACACAGGAUCAUCCACACCUACAGCUGAGGCGCCGGCGGCUGCCAGAACCAAAUGAAAGAAGCCAAUGAACCACAGCUUGUUUGUUUUUGUUUUACUGAGCAGAAUCCAUCUGGGCUUACGACACAGUACUAGGAGUAUUAGGGCCAUACUAAAAAAUUAUUCAAAAAUACAUUUAUGGGAAUAAAUUUCUAAUAUUAUGAAAAUAAAUUCAUACAAGGAUAAAGUCAAAAUAAUACGAGAAUAAUGUCAUAGUAUUACAAGACUAAAGGCAUAAUGUUAUAUCUUUAUUAUAUUAUUUUGACUUAAUUUUUGUACAACUUUAUUCUAUAAUAUGGCUUGAAAUCCUGUCUUUAUUCUCAUAUUUAUUUUAUUCUUCCACAUUUUUACUCUCAUAACAUGAGUUUGUCAUAAUGGUGACACCAAUAUCAUGAAGUCAUUAUGAGACUUUAGACAGAAUAAAGUUGUAUUUUUAUUCUCAUGCAACUUUAGUAAUAUGACUUUUCUCGUAUUAUUUUAAUUCUCAAAAUACUUUGACUUUAUUCUCAGAUUAUUAUGCCUUCAUUCUUUUAUUUUUUUCAUUUCUUCUUAAUAUGGCCCUAAUACUCCGUCGUAGGAAUGGUUCUGCUUUUUGUUUUAUGAUGAUAAAAAUGUGAGUGAGUUGUGUGAGAAAUGUCUGAAGCUAGAAAUCCAAAAAAAAAAAAAAAAAAAAAAGUGGGACCCUCAAACAAAAACCUUCCACCUUGGACUGUUACAGAGAAUCUAGAUCAGGGCUGUCCAAACCUUUUGUCAUCGAAAAAAAUAUAAUAAAGCUAAAAUGUCCUUUUCA